CAUUCUCUCUCCCUCUCCCAACAUGGCGGCCUCAGCAAAAAAGAAGAAGAAGAAGGGGAAGACUAUCUCCCUAACAGACUUUCUGGCUGAGGAUGGGGGGACUGGUGGAGGAAGCACCUAUGUCCCCAAACCAGUCAGCUGGGCUGAUGAAACAGACGACCUGGAAGGAGAUGUUUCAACCACUUGGCAUAGUAAUGAUGAUGAUGUGUACAGGGCACCUCCAAUUGACCGUUCCAUCCUUCCCACUGCUCCACGGGCUGCUCGGGAACCCAAUAUUGACCGGAGCCGUCUUCCCAGAUCGCCACCCUACACUGCUCUUCUAGGGAACCUGCCCUAUGAUGUGACAGAAGACUCCAUUAAGGAAUUCUUCAGAGGAUUAAAUAUCAGUGCAGUGCGUUUACCACGUGAACCCAGCAAUCCAGAGAGGUUGAAAGGUUUUGGCUAUGCUGAGUUUGAGGACCUGGAUUCCCUGCUCAGUGCCCUGAGUCUCAAUGAAGAGUCUCUAGGUAACAGGAGAAUUCGAGUGGAUGUUGCUGAUCAAGCACAGGAUAGAGAUAGGGAUGAUCGUUCUUCUGGCUGAGACAGAAAUCGGGAUUCUGACAAAACAGACACCGACUGGAGAGCCCGACCUGCCACAGACAGCUUUGACGACUCUCCGCCUAGAAGAGGUGAUGACCGCUUUGGUGACAAGUAUCGAGAUCGCUAUGAUUCCGACCGAUAUCGGGAUGGCUAUCGAGAUGGCUAUCGUGAUGGCCCACGCCGGGAUCGCUAUGACGACCGAGGCAGUAGAGAUUAUGACAGAGGCUAUGAUUCCAGGAUAGGCAGUGGCAGAAGAGCAUUUGGUCGUGGGUACCGAAGGGAUGAUGACCACAGAGGAGGUGGGGACCGUUAUGAAGACCGACAUGACCGACGAGACGAUGGGUCGUGGAGAACCAGAGAUGAUCACUCUCGGGAUGAUUAUAGGCGUGAUGAUAGAGGUCCCCCCCAAAGACCUAAACUGAAUCUAAAGCCUCAGAGUACUCCUAAGGAAGAUGAUUCCUCUGCUAGCACCUCCCAGUCCAGUCGAGCAGCCUCCAUCUUUGGAGGGGCAAAACCUGUUGACACAGCUGCUAGAGAAAGAGAAGUAGAAGAACGGCUACAGAAGGAGCAGGAGAAAUUGCAGCGCCAGUUGGAUGAGCCAAAACUAGAACGGCGGCCUAGGGAGAGACACCCAAGCUGGCGAAGUGAAGAAACUCAGGAAUGGGAACGGUCAAGGACAGAAAGUGAGUCAUCACAGACUGGAACCUCAGCCACAUCUGGCAGAAAUGCACGAAGGAGAGAGAGUGAGAAGUCUCUAGAAAAUGAAACACUCAAUAAGGAGGAAGACUGUCACUCUCCAACUUCUAAGCCUCCCAAACCUGAUCAGCCUCUAAAGGUAAUGCCAGCCCCUCCACCAAAGGAGAAUGCGUGGGUGAAGCGAAGUUCUAACCCUCCUGCUCGAUCUCAGAGCUCAGACACAGAGCAACAAUCCCCCACAAGUGGUGGGGGGAAAGUAGCUCCAGCUCAGCCAUCUGAGGAAGGACCCACAAGGAAAGAUGAUAAUAAAAUAAAUGGAAUGAGUGUCCCAAAAGGCCAAACUGGGAACUCCAGCCGUGGUCCAGGAGAUGGAGGGAACAAAGAUCACUGGAAGGAGUCAGAUAGGAAAGAGGGCAAAAAGGAUCAAGACUCCAGAUCUGCACCUGAGCCAAAGAAACCUGAGGAAAAUCCAGCCUCUAAGUUCAGUUCUGCAAGCAAGUAUGCCGCUCUCUCUGAGGAUGGUGAAGAUGAAAAUGAGGGAGAAGACUACACUGAGUAGACCUCUGCGUGCUGUGCUUUCUCCUAGUCUCUCCACCCUGGAACAUUCAAGAGCAAAUCAAACCUCUAUCCAGAUAAGACAAAUAAAACUCACCAUCUCCUGGAGACCUUUCUUAACUUUUUUUUAAAAAAUGAAAUGAAAUUCUUUUGCAUGCUGCUGCAGCCUUUAAAGUAUUGAAGUUACCGGAGAAUCGCCAAUGUAGCCAGAGAGACAGAGACUACAGCUUUUUAAUGGAAAAGUUGUGGUGUGUUCUUACAAUACCAUGCAGUUGCCUGUGUGAUUAGUGCCUAGGGGCCUCCAUUUAGGAGAAAUGGUAAUGACAGUGGUAAAAUGUCUGGAUUGGUUGGGCAGUAGGGGAGGUAGAGGUAUAAGGAAGAGUGAGAUUUCUACCUUUUAAUUCUUAUUCUAUUGUGACAUAUAUGAAUUCUCAAACAUUAUCUGAAUAAAUUUUCCAUCCUUGGAAAGGUA